AACAACCGCGAUCCUCUUGUUUGAACACAGUUAUAAGAGUUCCGUCUGUUUUUAUCCUUUUUCCUGAGCGGAAUAUUUAAAAUAUCAUCAACUUUUAUAUAAUUUCAAAACCUUUUUAUCUCUUACUAUGUCUUCAAGCUUUGGCCAGAACAGCGCUUGGACCAUGGGUGGACCUCCUGGAAGUGUUUAUGAAGAUGAUGUACAUCAGGUCAAUCCAAACAGUGUCCGUGAAAGGAAGUUACAACAGCAGAGAGAAAUUAUGCGAAAGAAAAAUGAAAUGAAGCGAGCUCAACCUGGAAUGGUCCAAGCCAAUGAAGUUGCGCGUCCAAUGUCCCGCCAUUCUGAAAGAAUGCCUCUUGUUCUUGGUGGAACACAAUUACAUGGUAUAGAUGGUGCAGCGAAUACUUACACUGCUCCUCCAGAACCUGUUGUGGGUGGUUUACUUGUUAAUGUUGGAUCAGAGGAAGAAGAAGAACCACUUUCACGGGCGAAACAAACAACGGAUACAGAACGGAAAUUAGCUGCAAUGGGCAUAUCAUCUAGUGCAGAUUAUGCUGGGAUCAAGGAUGAUUUGGAUGAACCAGAGUAUUCCUCUCAGGUGAUAGCACCUGCAAGGCCAAGAACCCCAUCUCCAAGCUUCCAGUCUAGUGCUCUUCCACCCUCAUAUGACUCUGUGACCAAACAAAAAAAGGUACCUUCCAGCAAUGGAGAAUCACCACCAAACACAACCACAACAACUCCUAGCACAAAUUUAGAAAUGAUAGAUGAUCUUGAUAAGUUUGUGUUUCGACCUGCCCAGCCAGAUGAACCUCCAAUUAAAUGUAGAAUAACAAGAGACAAGAAAGGAAUGGAUAGAGGGAUGUAUCCAACUUAUUUCCUGCACAUGGAGAAAGAUGAUGGGAAGAAGAUAUUCCUCCUGGCUGGUCGCAAGAGGAAGAAGAGCACAACCUCCAACUAUCUAAUAAGUACAGAUGCAACUGACUUGUCAAGAGGUGGAGAGAGUUUUAUUGGAAAAUUAAGAUCCAAUUUAGUAGGGACAAGAUUUACAGUGUUCAACAGUGGCGUGAAUCCCAAAAAAGGAGGAGUCAUGUCUGAUGGUUCAAAUAUUAGGGAAGAAGUGGCAGCUAUUGUUUAUGAUACAAAUGUUCUUGGAUUUAAAGGUCCUCGCAAAAUGACAGUAAUUCUUCCGAAAAUGGGGAUUGAUCACCAGAGAAUACCAGUGAGACCCAUUUCGGACAGUGAUGGUUUAUUGGAAAGAUACAAGAACAAGAAAAUGGAGAAUCUGUUGGAGCUACAUAACAAAACUCCUGUUUGGAAUGAUGAUACACAAUCAUAUGUCCUUAAUUUUCAUGGAAGAGUGACACAAGCCUCUGUUAAGAACUUUCAAAUUGUAAUGGAUGCUAAUGUUGAUUACAUUAUUAUGCAGUUUGGUCGUGUGGCAGAAGAUGUGUUUACUAUGGACUACAGUUACCCAAUGUGUGCUCUACAAGCAUUUGCAGUGGCCCUAAGCAGUUUUGAUGGCAAGCUGGCUUGUGAAUAGUGUCAAACAUAAAUGACUCAGGGUUAAUUGGCAAUUAUAGGGAAUUUAUAAAGCUAAUUAAUUAUUGUUAUAAUUUGUAAGUGAGAAAGGAGAGCCUUGUAGGUUCAAAUUAUUCAUUUGGAUUUUUAGUUGGAAAAUCUGAAAUGUGUAUGUCUUGUAAAUUUGCCCCUAACAAUUGACCAAUUGAAAGUUAUAUUUGCUGUGAGGCUUGCUUGUGUUUCAAGCAGGCCAUUGUUUAUAAUUAUGAAUCGAACACCUGCUGCUAAAAAAUCCUUUGACAUGGUAUUCUUGCUUUUAGAAGAAGGAUUUAGCUUCUAAGCUGUAGCUGCAGUGUUUUUUUAAUGUUAGUGGAGAUACGGGUCUAUGAUUGUGUACAGAGAGCAAAGGAAAGGAACCUUAUCCUGUUACCGUGAAGUUACAUUUCUGAAACAAGGAAUAGUUUUUUAGAUGUGUUGAAAGAAAGUUAUGUUGGGAUUGUUAAAUUUCAAAUUUUACACUGUGGCUUUACAUUAUUGCAUUUAUUAAAUUGACUUUUUUCUGUAAAUCAGAAAGUCAUCAUGUUGUAAAGGAAUUGUAGUUGCAAGCAACUUGAAUUUAUUUAUUAAUAUUACCUUGUACACUUCAUAAAUUUUACUUAGUCGAGAUAUGUGGAACUUUCAGUAUAACAUUAAACAAUUGCAUGAUUCUCAAUCAUAAAUUAGCUUAUAUACAGUUUGUGUACUUGAGCAGCAAGAGAGUAGACUUAAUUAAUUAAAUUAAAUCUGUUACAGUUUGAUCAUGCCAGACAUUUCCCUAAGAUGAGAAAUGAUGUUUUCAUCAAGACUGAACUUAUGCCUUUAUUAAGUUUUCUUUUCAUUCAAUUUAUUACUUUCAUGUGGAAUGUAAGUGAUAGUGAUCUUCUAUUUCCUGGCUUGCACGUGUCACUGGUUAUUCACUCAUCAAACAUAAUCUAUACUAUCUUCAGAAUUAAUCCCCCAGACAAGAAAUGUGUAGCCCCUAGCUUAUCAAGAGGAACUACAAAUUCUAGCAUUUAAUUUUAACUUUUUAUUCUUAAUAUAAAUGAUUGACCUUUUGACAUCAAGUUUGUAUUUGAGGAAUAAAGAAUGAAUAUUGCAACUCAUGGGAAAUUCAAACAGCUUUGUCUGUGGAAAGUCUUUUCUUUAUCACUAUAAAAGAAUAACUUUAUAAUUCUGUCUUGAUCUAGAUAUUUUACAUGAGGAUAAAAUUGAGAUCAACUUUACAACUGAAUUAAAUUAUUCUCCCUGUUGUCUUUUUUCA